UGCUGAAUGUGCACAUGUGUGUGGGGUCAGUGCUUUGCCAUUCUGACUUUAAGGAUUGUUCAAUCAGACCUUGUACACCCCAUAAAUUACCGGGAUGUGCCCCAUACCCUACAACCUUCAGCCCUCCUGUCCCAAAGUGAUGAUAAGUAGAUAAGUAAGAGAAGAACUUCCAGGGGAAAUCAGUCAGAUGCUUUUCUGCUUUCACAAGCUUGGAUUCAGCUUGUUCAAGGGGGUCUCCCUGCCUCCUGUAAGCCCCCCACUCCCAGAACAGCUUUAGUGGCACUGUGUUCUUGCAUCAAAAGCAAUUGCACACAUGUAUCAGGCCACUCUAUGGCAAUUUAUGGGAAAAAAAAACCAAGUGCUUUUCAGUCAUAUUCUAACUAAUAUGUAAAUAUCCCACCAAAAUAUUCUGAGGCAGUUUUUCCCAACUUGAUACCUUAAAGGUGUCCCACUAAGCUCUGCCAUGCCACAGCAUGGCCGCAGGUUCAAGAAUGCUGGCUGAACAUCACCAAAUCAUUAAUGCUACAUAAAAGUUAACAGGAUUAGAAUUUUAUCUGAAAAGAGGAGUGUUCCACAACUUUGGUUCCUUCAUCAUGAAGGACCUCUCCUUGGUAGCCCACCAUUUCAUUUUAGCUUGCUGGGCAGGGGGACAGAAGGAGGUCACUAACAAAGUUAAUGUAGAUGCUUAAUGCAGGUAAUGUGCAGAAGGGUCACAAUGUUGAUUUCUCACAUAAUUGCUAUAUAUGUGGAGACAAGCAGCUGAACAAACUGGCUGUGUAGAAAAAUUUUAAUCCAAAUUUAUAUCAGAGUUCUGUCUCUGGUGUUAAAUGUAUGAUGGCUCCCUCACACAUAAAACUGAUCUGUUUCUGCCACAGAUCAAAGGACUAUGUAUUAUCUCGACUGCUGUACAGUUCUAGAUCAGCAGUAGAAAAGGCUGGCUUCUAUGUAAGCCUGCUUGAGUUUUAAGAUCUUGGAGGAGGAGCUUUUCUUGGUACUGUUUACUAUUAGAGGCAGACUUGGUGGGGUGUGGCGAAAGGGCCUUCUCACUGCUUUUCUAGGCUGUGGAACUCCUCUCUGCUUCUUCCAGCAAGCAAAUACAUUUUUAUUCAGGCAGGCCAUUGACAUAUAAACUAGUUAUUGCCAAAAGGGGUUUUAAUUGGUCGGUGAUGUUUAUCUCGUAUAUUGUUGCAUUUUAGCAUAUUUUUAAUGUUAGGUUUAAUGACAAGUUUUUAGCUUUAAAGUCAGCAUAAGACAAAAUAAGCAAUUAAAUAAUCAAGAUUUGUUGUUAGUGUCCUUCAAUGUCAUUUCUGUUGGAAAGACUUCUGUGAAGACCUGAAGAUACUGCCCAGGCAAAGAUUCGUCAAAACUGUGGAGAUGUCUUUCAUCUGGUAUAAUAGAAUGUUGGCCGAUUAAUGUUUUUUAAAAUAAUGUUUGAAUCAUCCCAGGUUUUUCUGGUAUCCUAAGGAUAGAUUUAUGAAUUGGUUUUACAGAGUGUGAAGAAAAGCCCAUUUUUCCUGUGGCGAAUAUUUCUUGAAGGGAUCAGUAAUAGGACUAGAGAGAAACUCUAUGGGUAACACUUGUUUUUGGGAAAUUAUUGGUUAACCAUGGUAAAACUUGCUAACCCACUUUACACUGAGUGGAUUCUUGAAGCUAUACAAAAAGUCAAAAGGCAGAAGCAGAGGCCAUCUGAAGAGAGAAUUUGUCAUGCAGUCUGUGCAUCCCAUGGAUUGGAUAAGAAGACUGUUUCUGAGCAGUUGGAACUAAGUGUUCAAGAUGGUUCUAUUCUCAAAGUUACCAACAAAGGCCUUGCUUCCUACAAGGACCCAGAUAAUCCAGGGCGAUUUUCAUCUGUUAAAUCAGGUGACCUUCCUAAACCUACUAAAGGGUCUAGGGUAGCUUGCAAUGAACUUCGGAAUGUGGAUUGGAAUAAACUCCUGCGGAGAGGAAUUGAAGGACUUCAGGAAACAAAUGGCUCUUCCCUCAGAAACAUAGAGAAAUAUCUGAGAAGUCAACAUGAUCUUGCAGGUAUUUUCAACAACCCCGUUUUUCAGCGGAGAUUACGACUGGGGGCCAAACGUGCUGUAAAUAAUGGAAGAUUAUUGAAAGAAGGACCGCAGUAUAGGGUGAACUAUGGUAGCCUGGAAGGCAAAGGAGCAUCUAAAUACAGUUCAUUGCCCGCAUCUCUCCCACCUGUGAGUCUUUUGCCUCAUGAAAAAGACCAGCCACGAGCUGAUCCCAUUCCAAUAUGCAGCUUCUGCUUGGGGACAAAAGAAUCAAACCGUGAGAAAAAGCCAGAAGAACUUCUCUCAUGUGCUGAUUGUGGCAGCAGUGGGCAUCCAUCCUGCUUGAAAUUUUGUCUCGAGUUGACAACAAAUGUGAAGGCCUUAAGAUGGCAGUGUAUUGAAUGCAAGACAUGCAGUGCCUGUAGAAUCCAAGGCAAAAAUGCAGAUAAUAUGCUUUUCUGUGAUUCUUGUGACAGAGGAUUCCAUAUGGAGUGCUGUGACCCACCACUUUCCCGAAUGCCAAAAGGGAUGUGGAUCUGCCAGGUCUGCAGACCAAAGAAAAAAGGAAGAAAGUUGCUUCAUGAAAGAGCAUCCCAGAUAAGGCGGCGAUACACAAAACCUAUUGGACGACCAAAAAAUAAAUUAAAGCAACGAAUGUUGUCUGUGCCCAGUGAUGAAGGAUCCAUGAAUGCAUUCACAGGAAGGGGGUCACCUGGUAGGGGUCAAAAGACUAAAGUCUGUACCACACCUUCAUCUGGUCAUGCUGCAUCUGUGAAGGAUUCCAGCAGCAGAUUGGCUGUUACAGACCCCACCCGGCCUGGUGCCACCGCCACCAAAAUCACCACCACCACCACCUCCACCUACAUACCUGCCUCUACACUUAACGUUAACAAGAAAACCAAAGGGCUCAUUGAUGGCCUUACUAAGUUUUUCACACCGUCACCCGAUGGUCGCAGAUCACGAGGUGAAAUAAUAGACUUUUCAAAGCAUUAUCGUCCAAGGAAAAUGGCCUCUCAGAAACAGUCAUGUACUUCUCAUGUGUUGGCUACAGGUACCACACAAAAGCUAAAACCUUCUUCACUUCCACCCCCAACCCCCAUCUCUGGUCAGAGCCCCAGUUCACAAAAAUCCAGCACUUCCAUCUCUUCUAAUUCUCCCCAAAGCUCCUCCAGUCAGUCAAGUGCACCCUCCUUUAGCAGCCUUCCUAAUAGCAGUCAGCUAAAGGGACUCUUUGAUGGACUUUCUCAUAUUUAUACCACUCAGGGACAGUCUCGACAAAAGGGCCAUCCAAGUUAUGCACCACCCAAGCGUUUGCGUCGUAAAGCAGCCUUCUCUUCCACAUCCAAGUCUAAUCCUGCUUUCUGUGGAAAGAAAGAGAUUAGAAGUAGGUUUAUUUCUCAUUCCUCCACCUCUGGAUGGGGUAUGUCUAGAGGACGUGCUUUUAAAGCAAUUGCUCACUUCAAGCAAACAACUUUCCUUAAAAAGCGCAUGAUUCUAGGCAGAUUAAAGUAUAAAGUGACCCCUCAGAUGGGGACCCCCUCACCAGGGAAGGGGAGCUUGGCAGACGGAAGGAUUAAACCUGAUCAGGAUGAUGGUACAGAAAUCAAAAUAAGCAUCAAACAAGAAAACUCAGAUCUAUUCCUGGUGGGAAGCAAGGAUAUUGUAACUGAAGAAGAUUUGGAAAUGUUUAAGCAGGCCCAAGAACUUGCAAUGGAGAAGAUCGGUUAUAAAUAUGGUGGAGAAACAAAUGGACGGUACCCUUCUGUGAUAGAAUUUGGGAAAUACGAGAUCCAGACGUGGUAUUCCUCUCCUUACCCACAGGAGUAUGCAAGACUAUCAAAGCUUUUCCUGUGUGAAUUCUGUCUUAAAUAUAUGAAAAGUAAAAAUAUUUUGCUAAGGCAUGCAAAGAAGUGUGGCUGGUUUCAUCCUCCAGCCAAUGAAAUCUACAGAAGGAAGGACCUUUCAGUGUUUGAGGUUGAUGGAAAUAUGAGCAAAAUUUAUUGCCAAAAUCUGUGCUUGUUAGCAAAGCUCUUUCUGGACCAUAAAACCUUGUAUUAUGAUGUUGAGCCAUUCCUUUUCUACGUUCUCACAAAGAAUGAUGAGAAAGGGUGCCACUUAAUUGGAUACUUCUCUAAGGAAAAGCUGUGUCAGCAAAAGUACAAUGUCUCCUGCAUAAUGAUCAUGCCCCAGUACCAAAGGCAAGGAUUCGGAAGGUUUCUCAUUGAUUUCAGUUACUUACUUUCUAGAAGAGAGGGACAAGCAGGAUCACCUGAAAAGCCUCUCUCAGACCUGGGUCGUGUCUCCUACUUGGCCUAUUGGAAAAGUGUCAUACUGGAAUAUCUUUACUGUCAUCAUGAGAAACAGAUCAGCAUCAAAGGAAUGAGCCGAGCAACUGGAAUGUGUCCCCAUGACAUUGCCACCACUCUGCAGCACCACAGCAUGAUAGACAGGAGAGCAGAAAAAUUUAUAGUAAUUAGAAGGGAGAAACUGAUCUCAAGCCACAUGGAGAAACUGAAAACCAAUCCACGCAUCAACGAAGUAGAUCCAGAAAAGUUGAGGUGGAACCCCCCUUUAGUUCCUAACGCAGCGGUUUCUGAGGAAGAGAGAGAAGCUGAAAAAGAGGCGGAACGACUGAUGGAACAAGCAAGCUGCUGGGAAAAAGAAGAGCAAGACCUGUUCUCCACAAGAGCCAGUAGGCAAUUGCCCGCAAAAGUGCAAUCUAAAACCAAGUAUUCAAGGCCUCCAGAGAAUGUCACUGUAGUAGCGGAGCGAGGGCAAGCCACAGAUCCACCCAAAGAGAGCAGUGGGGAGGAGGAGGAGGAGGGAGAGGAGGAGGAGGAGGAAGAGGAGGAGGACGCAGAUGGGCAUCAUCAGCAUUCUCCUCCAAAGCUGGCAAAGCCCCAGUUGCCUGCCACCAAGAGGAAGAGACCUUCCAUACUGAAAAAGAAAAGAGGUCGUAAGCGCAGGAAAAUUAAUAGCAGUGUGACAACGGAAACCAUUUCUGAGACCACUGAAGUUCUGAACGAGCCCUUUGAUAACUCAGAAGAAGAGCGGCCUGCAACACAGCUGGAGCCCACCUGCGAGGUGGAUGAAGAAAAUGAUGAAUUAAAGGCUGGCCUUCACAAAGAUUUCCAGUGUCAGUCUGCAGAAAAGGAAGAGGAGGACGAGGAGAAAGAGAAAGACAAUCACUGUUACCCAAGCGACGCUCCAUGCAGAGUUGACAUGGAAGAGAAUGUAGCUAUGCUGGAAGAUGGUGGUAAAGACAAUCCGGAACCUGCAGUGGGUAAACAAGGGUGGCCGAAAGGCAUGAAGCAGUGCCAAUCCAAAUGGAGGCAAAACAAAGAGAGAAAGCCGGGCUUUAAGCUUAAUUUGUACACUCCGCCAGAGACACCUAUGGAACCUGACUAUCAGGCAAUGGCAGAGGAGUCAAAGGAGAUGGUAGAGAACAGUGCAUCUCGAGCCUCUAGUGCCACGGAAGAGCUGAAAACCCCCGAAAGCGUUCCACCACAUGUGGACGAGGCCAGAAAUGCUGCGUCUCUGGAGUUACCCGAAGCAGGAAAAGCAGAAGAUAGUUUACUAGAAGUGGAGAAGAACAACAUAGCAGAAGAGGACAGAAGUGUGAGUAGUCAAGAUGAAGGUCAGCAAAAUGGAACAGAAAUGGAGAAAGAUGCACCUGAGCAUGUAAAGGAGGAGGAGGAGGAGGAGGAAGAGGAGGAGGAGGAGGAGGAGCAAGCCCACAAUGAGGAUCAUGAUGCUGAUGAUGAGGACGAGAGCCACAUGGGUGCAGGGGCAGUCGAGGCACAGGAGGCAGGAUCCGGGGAAGCUCUCAAAAAAGCACUCGAGGCUCAGGAGACUUUUUUAGACACCAGUGAGCAGAGUGGCAGAUCGGAUGCGGGGGAUUUAAUGGACUGUGGGGUUGCUCUCGCGGCUGGGUACGACGGCGCCCAUAAAGAGCGUCCUGCUGCUGUGGAGCCUGGCUCCGAGUCCAGCGGUGCAAGUACAGAAAAGCCAAACCAGACAGACGGUAAUGAACUGCAUCCUGCAUUUAAGGACACAAAUGCAGAAGCCAGAGAGAUCGAUUCCGAGACUGUCCAGGCAGUGAAGUCCCUCACACAGGAGGCAGCGGAGGAGGCAGAAGCGUUUCAGGACUCUGCGGAGACUCAGGAGGCCUGUCGGAGCCUGCAGACCUACUCCAACGCAGACCAGAGCCCACAGAUGGCCACGCUGGGGGAUGACUGCCAGCCGUCCGGCCACAGCAGCCCCAUCUCGUCCGUCCAGUCCCAUCCCGGCCAGUCAGUCCACUCUGUCAGCAGUCCAAAUGUGCCUCCGCUGGAAACCAGCUAUGCUCAGAUCAGUCCCGACCCGAGCGCCAUCUCGGUGCCCUCGCUGCAGAACAUGGAAACCAGCCCCAUGAUGGACGUCCCCUCUGUCUCUGACCAUUCGCAGCAGGUCGUGGACAGUGGGUUCAGCGACCUGGGCAGCAUUGAGAGCACCACCGAGAACUACGAGAACCCGAGCAGCUACGACUCCACGCUGGGCAGUGGCCUCUGUGGCAGCGGCUCCGCGCAGAGCAGCUGCUCGUACAGCAGCCUCACCUCCAGCAACAUGACGCAGAGCAGCUGUGCCGUGACCCAGCAGAUGUCCGGCGGCGGGAGCAGCAGCUGCAGCAUGAUGCCCAGCGCCAGCAUCGGCUCGCCCCCGCCCUGCAGCGUGAAGUCCCCACAGGGCUGCGCCGUCGAGCGGCCCCCCAGCAGCAGCCAGCCGCUUCCGCAGUGCGGCAUGGCCGCGCACUUCAGCCCGCCCAUGCAGCUGAACGACAUGGCAGAGGCCGGCGGCGCCAACCUCGGCUUGUACGAGAGGAUGGGCCAGGGCGAGUUUGCGGCGGGUCACUACCCGCAGCCGUCCGCCACCUUCAGCCUCGCCAAGCUGCAGCAGUUGACCAACACGCUGAUGGACCACUCCUUGCCUUACAGCCACUCGGCCGCUGUCACUUCCUAUGCAAAUAGUGCCUCCUUGCCCGCCCCUCUCAGCAGCACGGGACUGGUCCAGCUUUCUCAGUCUCCUCACCCAGUGCCAGGAGGAGGCCAGGUCCAGGCCACGAUGACGCCGCCCCCUAACCUCACUCCGCCUCCCAUGAACUUGCCGCCGCCCCUUCUGCAGCGGAACAUGGCCGCGUCCAACAUCGGCCUGCCCCACGGCCAGAGGCUGCAGACCCAGAUGCCUGGCAAAGGCCACAUUUCCGUAAGGACUAAGGCGGCGACCCUGCCGCCGCCGCCGCCGGCAGCCGCCACCGCCGCCCACCAGCCACAGCUCUACGGGCGCGCCUCGCAGGCCGUGGCCAUGCAAGGGCCGGCACGCACCUUAACCAUGCAGCGCGGCAUGAACAUGAGCGUGAACCUGAUGCCGGCCCCCGCGUACAAUGUCAACUCGGUGAACGUGAACGUGAACACCCUCAACGCCAUGAACGGGUACAGCAUGUCCCAGCCAAUGAUGAACGGCGGCUACCACGCCAAUCACGGCUACAUGAACCAGGCCGCCCAGUACCCCGUGCAGAUGCAGAUGGGCAUGAUGGGGAGCCAGCCGUACGCGCAGCAGUCCAUGCAGAGCAGCCCGCACGGCAACAUGAUGUACUCCCCUCCGGCACAUCACGGCUACAUCAACGCCGGCAUGUCCAAGCAGUCUCUGAACGGCUCGUACAUGCGUAGGUAGGGCUGUGUGGGGGAGGCGAGGGGAGGGGAGGGAAGGGGAGCCGGCGGCUGUCCCGAACUGGCGCGCCAGGACCCGACCCGCACAAAAACACAUCCUUUGGCAAGCAUGAUUUCAAAACCAGCAACCGGUGUGAAUGCAAAAACAUUCGUUGGCACCAUGAAAAAAGAAAAAAAACGUAUGCAGCAGAAAGCCUUAUAUAAAUGUGCUCUCUCUUAUUUUUAUUUGUUCUGCAGUCUUGUUUUUGUUUGCAGUCUUUUGUAUAACUGAUGUUCUAUAGUGAGGCAGAAGUUCUUCCUUGUUCUGCGGACACGCAAAGCAAGCCGGUGGCUCACAGCCACUCUAAUGUGCCUGCUCCCAUCGGAAAUGUGCAUCUUCGUUUUGGAGUAACUCUGAUGUUGUGCUGGACUGUGAGCUUCCCUCCUGUCCCGCCCCUCCCCUCCCCGCCCCUCCCCGCCUUCUCCACCAUGUAAAUGCCUUUUUGCAUUGUAUUCAUGGACUCUUUUGCUCCUCAAGGUGACACUUUCGCAUGCCGCUAAUGUCUUUGUUAGUGACAGUGCGUUCUGUAGUACUGUACAAGUGUUGUGCUUAACAGUAAGCUAAGCCAUCCUCUUGAUUUGUGUUUUUUGCCUUGAUGGGGGUGGGGUGGGGAGCAGUUUGAAGGGGCUUAAGAAAUAAAUAUAUUUUUGUUAAUUAGAUUUUUAAAAUCUGGUUUUUUUUAAAAAAAGAAAAGAAAAAAAGCUGUGAAAGCUAUUCCAGUUGUGAUUAGUUUAGGCAUUUUGAGUGCAAUCCGCUGGGAAAUCCCCUUGUGUUCACGUGCUCUUGCACAAAUCUGGUUCAUUUCCAUGGGGUUGACCCAGAAGAGUGGCCUGAUGGAUUGCAUCCUUGAGCGGGAAGUGCUACGUGCCAAGGCAAGUCUUUUUUCUGUCCUGGUGGCACAUUUUUCCCCAGAGAAAAAGGAAAAAAAAAGGCAGCUUACUGUUUUCUUUAUGUUGAUUUUUUAAAAAAAUGCAAACCUUUAUUGAUUGAAUGAAGCAUAUCAGUGUGUAUCACGUUUUUGAAACAUUUUCAUAGAUAUCUGGAUACUUGGCAGGAUUUUAAAAAAAGUGAAUUUGGUGUAAAGUUGCUAUUUUAUGGAAAUGCCUCUAACUUUACAUUUUCAUUCCAUCUGUAGAUUUUUCUAUCUUUAUAAAAUAUUGGAGUUAUUUUUUAAGAAAACUAAAUAGAGCAGUAGCGUGUGAAUAGCUCAAAUGACGCAUAAAGAGCGCAUGUAAAAAAAGCAGAAGGUAUUGGUGUCUGUUUAUAUGGCUUCCUUUUUUUGUAGCCUUUGUACCUGUACAGAGUGACUGUAAGAGCCCAGAAGUGGCUUGAUUCGUGUAUAAAAAUAGACCCAGUGACACUCUCUUGUAUUUAUGUUACCUUUUUAGUCAGUCACUUAAAUAAAGCAAAGACAAGCUGUACAUUUUAACAUAAAAAUAAAUUAUGAUGAGCCAUUUUUA